UACAAAAAUGUGUAUGAAAUAAAGUAAAAGAGAGAAAUAAAAAUUGAAAAGAGCGUUAGCGUACAAAAAAGAGGCCACGUAACAUGCUUCAAUCACCUCUUACGUGUACGCAAUUCUUUCUCAUUUCUUCUAUUUCACUGUUCAUAUUCUUCCAAAGAAAUUCUCUCCAAUCUUCUUCCAUGGCUGCGUCGCCACGCUCCCUUCGCUACCAAUUCCGCUCCUCCUUGCCCGACGUUCCCCCGCGAUCGCCGUCUCUUUCCGUUUCUUUUCCCAAACUUAAGCCUGCGGAUUCGGAAACUACCUCGAAGAUUGUUCUACAGCCUCGUUUAUGCACUCUCAGAUCCUUCGGAUCCGAUCCGCUCGUUCCUAUCAAGUCUAAGAGAGUAUCCACUCGAGACGAUGCUACAAACGACGACGUUUCUCCGUUCUUUGCGACUCUGUCGGAGUACAUAGAGAGUUCGAAGGACAGCCAUGAAUUCGAGAUCAUUUCCGGCCGCCUCGCUAUGAUUGUGUUUGCGGCGACUGUAGCAAUGGAGGUAGUCACCGGAAAUUCAGUAUUCAGAAAGAUGGAUCUGGAAGGGAUUGAGGAAGGAUUAGGAGUAUGUUUGGGCGCCGUUACUCUGGCGACCAUUUUUGCGUUCUCCUCCAACGCUCGAAACAGAGUAGGUCGAAUCUUCAGCAUCAGCUGCACUACCUUCAUCGAUUCGCUUAUUGACCAGAUCGUCGACGGUCUUUUCUACGAAAACGACACCGGCGAUUGGUCCGACGACAUUUGAAUGCCGAGCGUUGGAAACAGAGGUACGUAAGUAAUGUGUAUAUAUAAAUUAUUAAAUCCGAGUGGAAUUGAAACACAUUCAAUUCAACAGUGUAAGUAAUUUAUGCAUACACAUAUAUAGAAGAACUUCAUCUGAAUUGAGAAAGAAUCUGAAAUAGUUAAAGGGUUGAGUAAUUUUGAUUUUGUUUAGUUAUUCUAAGCCCAACUAUUUCAUGAUUGAAGAAGUUCCACUUCUUUUUAGGUAAAAUUUAGAGAAGAUAAUAAGUUUGUUUUUAAUGCAUGAAAUGUAAAAUCAUACUAAGCUUUUGUAGUGAAACAUUGCUAAUAGGCAAAUGUCUAUAUAUAUAUGAGGAAUUAUAUGAAUUCUCUUGCCUUUUGGAUGUC